UUCAAUUCUUCCUCACGGCUCACGCGGCCUACCUCUCCGCCGCAGCUUGCCCGACACCGACGAUCUCCCUCUCUGCGGCCUCCCUGGCUCCCUCUCAAGCCUCAAGAGUCUUUCCUAGUGUAGUGUCUACUCUCUCCCCCGAUCUCUAGUCUCUCAUUCUCAGCCCGAUCUCUCAGUUGCCGAUGGCCUCACCGGUAAAAUGAUUGCUUAAAACCAAUUAUCUAACUCUUUAGCCAGUGUGGUAGACCUCUAUUUUUUGAGUUCUAUUGUUAUUCAAAUACUGACGGCAGUAAAGAAAUUGAGGAAGAGACGCUCCUGCAAUUGCACAAAGUGAGGCACAAUUGAGCACCGGUUUCUCCCGAUGCUUGGGAUCGAGUUUGGCAUCCUUAACAAACAAAGUGAGUAGUCCCGAAGGUUUGCACCGCCACACUCACAUUCUGUGGUCAUACGAAGUUGUCUUGCCAACAACAAAAUUCAGAUCCGAAACAAUGAGAAGGCCUGGGCACCACCGGCCGCACGGAAAGCAAGGAAUGAAGGGAAUGCUGGUGAAGCUGUCUAUUGCCGUCGUCGUUCUUUUAAUUUGCACGUUUUCCCUCUUGUUCUCGGCCACCACUAGCGGCAGUAAUGGCUAUCCCUCCGAGAUCAAGGUGGAAGAACUCUGGGCAAAUGCUAAUUCUGAUGGCUGGAGGCCGUUGUCUGCUCCAAGAUCUGAUUGGCCCCCUCCUCCAAGAGAAAGCAAUGGCUAUCUGCGAGUUCGUUGUAAUGGUGGUCUGAAUCAGCAGCGCAGUGCAAUUUGUAAUGCGGUUCUUGCUGCACGAAUCAUGAAUGCUACACUUGUGCUCCCUGAGCUGGAUGCCAACUCCUUCUGGCAUGACACCAGUGGUUUCCAUGGUGUCUAUGAUGUUGAGCAUUUUAUCCAUUCAUUGAGAUACGAUGUGCGGAUUGUAGAAAGCAUACCGGAAAUUCGCAAAAAUGGAAAAACCAAGAAGAUAAAAGCUCAUCAGCUGCGUCCUCCAAGAGACGCUCCUAUUAGUUGGUAUACAACAGUUGCUCUACAAAAAAUGAAGGAACAUGGUGCAAUUUAUUUGACACCCUUUUCACAUCGUUUGGCAGAAGAGAUAGACAAUCCCGAAUACCAGAGACUGAGGUGCAGAGUUAACUAUCAUGCUUUAACAUUCAAGCCACAUAUUAUGAAGUUAAGCGAGUCAAUAGUUGAUAAACUUCGUUCGCAAGGUCACUUUAUGGCGAUACAUCUUCGUUUUGAGAUGGAUAUGUUGGCAUUUGCUGGGUGCUUAGACAUUUUUACACCUGAAGAGCAAAAAAUAUUGAGCAAGUAUCGGAAGGAAAAUUUUGCGGACAAGGAUCUUGUUUAUAGUGAAAGAAGGGCCAUUGGAAAAUGCCCAUUAACUCCAGAAGAGGUUGGUCUAAUCUUAAGAGCAAUGGGGUUUGACAAUUCGACUAGGAUAUAUAUAGCAGCUGGUGAUUUAUUUGGUGGGGAGAGAUUCAUGAAACCAUUUAGAGCCCUGUUUCCUCGACUUGACAACCAUAGUUCGGUGGACCCUACGGAGGAGCUAGCCACAAACACUAGAGGUUUGUUGGGGUCUGCUGUUGAUUAUAUGGUUUGUCUCCUUGCUGACGUUUUCAUGCCAACAUAUGAUGGACCAAGCAACUUUGCUAACAACCUCUUGGGCCACCGCCUCUACUAUGGCUUCCGAACUACAAUUAGGCCUGAUAGGAAAGCUCUUGCCCCUAUUUUUAUUGAUCGAGAGAAUGGACACGUAGCUGGUUUUGAAGAAGCUGUCAGGCGUGUCAUGCUAAAAACAGACUUUGGCAGUCCCCACAAGCGCGUCUCUCCUGAAUCAUUUUAUACAAAUUCUUGGCCUGAAUGUUUUUGCCAGAUGGAAACAAAUAAUCCUGCGCACAGAUGCCCUCCACAGAAUGUCCUCGAGCUUUUAAAUAGCAAGUUGGAAAGUAAAGUGAACUCUGACUUGGAAUCCUUAAAUCAAACACAUUCAACAUCUGUGGCAGGAAGAUAAGAAGUUGCCUUAUACUUAAGUCAGUGUUUAUCCUAUCUUUCCUCGUAAUUAAUCUCAUGCACCAAAUUCAAGGAACCGGUUUUCCGACCAUGUUUAGCCUUUCAGGUAACCUUUAUAUUUGAAGUGUCCUGUCUGGUGUAGCAUUAUUGAGACACAUAAUUCCUAUUUCUUUAGCUGUGCCUCCUGCUCUUCCUAAUUUUUGGUUUGCUUCUGGGUUCACUGAUAGUCAUAGUUUGGAAUUGAUCUUCAUCAAUGUUAGAAAUCUGCUUUUAGCUUUCAUAAUUUGGCGCGUCAGUGCAAAAGUUUUACCAGAAUUGCUGGAAAAUGUUUUAAGCUAAAGUUUGUUGGCCUCUAUUAUAUUUGUAGAAGAUGAACAGUGUGGAGAUGCAUAAUAACAGAAGAAGAAAAUGCUUGUAAUCAAA